AUGAACAAAAACAAUGGAAGUUCCAUGACAGACUUCAUACUGCUGGGGUUUUCUGAUCGGCCCCAAUUAGAACACAUCAUCUCUGGGGUUGUCUUCAUCUUCUAUAUUGUGACUCUGGUAGGAAACACAACCAUCAUCCUUGUAUCUAACCUAGACAGCCAACUCCAUACUCCUAUGUAUUUCUUCCUAUCCAAUUUGUCUUUUCUGGACCUCUGUUAUGCAACUAGCAUUAUCCCACAGAUGCUGGUAAAUCUAUGGGGUCCAACAAAGUCUAUUACCUACGGAGGGUGUGUGCUCCAAUUCUUCUUUGCCCUUGACUUGGGAGCCACAGAAUGUCUUCUCUUGGCUGUGAUGGCCUAUGAUCGCUACGCUGCUGUCUGUCAACCUCUUCACUACACAGUAAUAAUGCACCCUCAACUUUGCCAAAAGAUGGUGCUUGUCGCCUGGUUAGGUGGUCUUGGCAGUGCCUUAAUCGUUUGCUCCUUGACUUUGAAGUUGCCAAGAUGUGGGCACCGGGAGGUGAAUAAUUUUAUCUGUGAGAUGCCAGCCUUGCUCAAGAUGGCUUGUGUCUACUCAAAAGUAAUUGAGGUCAUCGUCUAUGCUCUUGGAGUGAUAUUUCUUCUAGUACCUCUAUCACUAAUUCUCAUCUCAUACGCAAUUAUCACUCAAGCUGUCAUGAAGAUCAAGUCAACAGCAAGGUGGCGUAAGGUCCUUAAUACAUGCGGUUCCCACCUCACAGUAGUAACUCUGUUUUAUGGAACAAUCAUUUAUAUGUACAUGAAGCCACAGAAUAGCACAUCUGAAGAUGAGGGGAAGUUCCUUACUCUCUUUUACACAAUCGUCACACCCACCCUUAACCCUCUGAUCUACACUUUAAGAAACAAGGAUGUGAAGAGUGCAGUAAAAAGAAUACUGUAUGUGAGAAAAUGGUCAACAAAGUCAUGA